AUGAGCGCUGAUCAACCCCAAAGUUCAGAAACUGAGAGCAACUCCAACUCAUCCACUUCCGCAUCGCCUCCUUCCUCGCCUUCCUCACUCCAAAACCAAAACCCACAAAAACCCAGCUCGCCAAUUCACCAAGAAACCGACUUACCCACCAAAAACAAUGCCAAACGGGUCAGAGACUCCAGCAAGCACCCGGUUUAUCGGGGGGUCCGAAUGAGGAACUGGGGCAAAUGGGUAUCCGAAAUCCGCGAGCCCCGCAAGAAAUCGCGCAUUUGGCUCGGCACCUUCCCGACUCCUGAAAUGGCCGCCCGGGCCCACGACGUCGCCGCCUUGAGCAUCAAGGGCAACUCGGCGAUUCUCAACUUCCCGGAGCUCUCCAACUCUUUGCCUCGCCCAGUUUCUCUCGCCCCCCGCGACGUCCAGGCCGCCGCCACCAAAGCAGCCCAAAUGCAUCAGUUCGACUCCAUCCGGUCAAUGUCGCCCUCCAUACUCUCCUCUUCCUCCUCCUCGUCGCUGUCCUCGCUCGUCUCGGCUAUAGACAACCUGUCGACCGAGUCGGAUGAGCUGAGCGAGAUCGUCGAGUUGCCGAGUCUGAGUUACGAGUCGACCGAGUUGAGAAGCGAGUUCGUGUUUGUGGAGUCGGAGGACCAAUGGGUUUAUCCGCCGCCGUGGCUGCAGCGCGUUGAGGAGUUCGAAUGCGGUGAGUUAGGGGCGGCGAGUUCAGUUGGGUUUGAGGGUUUGUUAUGGGACUAUAAUAAUUAGCAGUUUCCAACUGCUAAUUAGACGUUAAUUAAGUAAGAGUUUUGUGUAAAUCAUCUUAAAUCUCUCUCUCUCUCUCUCUUUUCUUUUUUGGCUUUUCAGUUUUUUUUUGGCUCUUAUGGCUUUUAAAUGUGAAGGGCUUAAAUUCUGAUAAUCUCUCUUCUACUUUUUACUUUGUCCUCUGUUUUUGUGUAAUUGUACAGUUUAGUACUCUUCUGUUUUUAGGAUGGAAAGCAAAUGCCAUGAGACAUUAUCUUUCCCUUUGGUUGGCGACUUUGAUGCAAAUAGAAUAAAGCCUGUGUCUUUCUCUUC